UUUUGUGAGGCCAGGAGAAGUGCUCUAUUUUCUCCAUCGCCGGCCUUUGCUUCAGUUUCGCCCUGGUUUAUUGGCUCCUAAAUCAUAGUAAUUAAUAAUAAAAUAAAUAAACAAAUUAAAUUAGAAAAAAAAAAAAAAACACCUAAGCAAUUGAUGGCUUCUUCAGCCAUGGUUGAUAGCUUAUGCUCCAUCUCACCUUCCCCCUCUCUCAAAUGUUGCAGAAUCCAAACCCUAACUCUAACUCCCAAUUCCCAGUUUUUUUCCUCCGCUUCCUUUCUAAAACUGAAGCGCCAAUAUCUUCUGCUCCCAAAAUUCCGACUUCUCAAACCCGCGACUCGCAAUUCUAGGUGCGCUCCCGUCGUUUUCGCUGCUCAGUUUGAUAUCUUCAAAGUUGUUCAAACAGCAUGGAAGGUUGGGAGGGAUGGUGUUGAAGCAGGAACUGAUCUGGUGCCUGACUCUGUACCAAGACCAAUUGCAAGGAUUUCAGUAACAGUGGUCGCACUGGCCGUUUCACUCUUUCUGCUGAAGUCAUUUCUAUCUACAGCUUUCUUUGCUCUGGCUACAAUGGGAUUCGUAUAUUUCAUGUUCAUUGCUCUGAACAAAGAUAAAGGACCAAGACGUGGUGGAGGAGCAGAUUCUUCAGAGGAUCCUGUAGAAGAAGCAAGAAGAAUAAUGGAAAAGUAUAAGUAAUGUGAUUGAACAAUUUCCGUGUUAUACCUGCUCCAUUAGCAGCGAGUAUGCACUUAGAACAGGAACCCGGAUUAUUUAUAUAUACAAGACAUAUAUUUUGAUUGA